AUGAAAGAAAUGAAAGGCAGCGGAUACGAAACUGGAGCCACGGACUUAUCAACUGUUUUCCUCGAAUCUAAGAAAAGAGAUAUGCUCGACUUCAUCAUAAAAUUCACAGUGCCUCACAAUGUUGGACCGUCUACUCAUGUUAGAGGAAUGUUAGCAAGACUGCUAUACAGGAGCGGUUGUAGACAUCUCAGCCGUAAGCGAGUAACGCCAAUUCCUCGUGCCGAAUACGAAGAACAGGCCCGCGAAUAUUGGUACCAGGCACUGCUCACCCUUGGGCCGGAUGAAAAGCAGGAUCGAAUAGUGGCACAACUCAUUCAAAAGCUCUGCUACUUUGGUGGAGGUGGUUUUCAUGAUCAAAUACUCGCAGAUAUCUCUAGCAUUAAAUCGGUUUUCGCAGAAAUAAGAACAUCUCAGUAUGUCACGUAUGUUUGGGGACAUUUUUUACGAAUAAGCCUACUUCUUUAA